CUUCGUACUCUUCAACUUCAGCAAAAUGGCUGUAGAAUCCGCCAGCGACGCCCAGCUCCUAGCGGCGAUGGGCUACAAGCAAGAACUCCGGCGCCAGUACUCGACCAUCCACAUCUUCGCCAUCACGUUCAGCAUCAUGGGACUGAUGCCUAGCAUUGCCUCUGCGUUAUCUUUUUCCCUUCUUGUCGGACCGGCGGGGAUGGUUUGGGGCUGGGUCUCUGCUACUUUUUUCAUUUUCCUCGUUGGAUUGUCCAUGGGCGACCUGGCUUCUGCACUCCCAACGGCUGGAGGGCUAUACUGGUGGACGCAUCAUUUCGCGGCCAAGCGGUUCAAGAACCCGCUGAGCUUUCUGGUCGGGUAUAGCAAUACGCUCGGCUUGAUUGGCGGGUUAUGCUCGCUGGACUACACCCUUUCAUUGAUGAUUCUGUCCUGUGUCUCGAUCCACAAUGACGGCGAAUGGACUGCCUCUCGCGGCGUGAUCUAUGCCGUCUUCGCCGCCAUCCUCAUUCUGCACGGCGUGGGUGCUGCGUUUCUCGGCCGGCUCAUGCCUCGCAUCCUGACUGUGUGUCUAUAUCUGAACAUCGCGCUCGUCGUGGCCACGGUGGUCGCCCUACCUGUGGGGAAGAGGGUGGUCCGCCAUGAACCGCUCAAUUCAGCUGGGUAUGUCUUUGGCCACGUGGAGAACCAGACGGGCUGGCCCGUCGGAUGGGCAUUCUUCCUGUCCUGGCUGGCUCCUAUCUGGUCGGUGGCUUCGUUCGACUCGUGCGUGCAUAUGAGCGAGGAGGCGAUGCAUGCCGCGCGUGCGGUGCCGCUGGGGAUUGUCUGGACGGCGGGCUCGGCGUGGGUGCUGGGGUUUCUCUGUGUUGCGGUGAUUGCGGCGGUCAUGGAUACCAAUGUCGACCAUACAUUGUCGAGUGUAUUCGGCCAGCCAAUGGCACAGAUAUAUUACGAUGCUCUCGGGAAACGUGGCGCCCUCGGAUUCAUGGCGGCGAUCAUCUUUGUCCAGUUCCUCAUGGGCCUCACCGUGAUGGUCGCGACAUCCCGUCAGGCAUGGGCGUUCUCCAGAGACGGCGCUCUGCCCUUCUCCAAUUUCUUCCGCCACAUCAGCACCCGCGUCAAGUACCAGCCUGUGCGGGUGGUAAUGGGGUUGGUAGUGAUGGGGCUGAUUGUCGGUCUGCUUUGUCUGAUUAACAACGCUGCGGCGAACGCCCUCUUCUCCCUUUUUGUAGCGAGCAACUAUCUGUCUUGGGGGCUUCCCAUUUUCUGCCGGCUUGUCUGGGGGCAGCAUGAGUUCCAACCUGGAGAGUUUUACACGGGGGUAUGGAGCAGGCCGAUUGCCACCGUUGCGGUGAUAUAUCUGGCCUUUGGGAUUGUCCUGUCCAUGUUUCCCACCACGGGGCCGAACCCGAGUCACCCAGCGGAAGAUAUGAACUACACGGUCGUCAUCAACGGAAUUGUCUGGGCGGGAUGUUUGAUCUAUUAUGCCCUCUUCGCCCGACGGUGGUUCACGGGGCCAAAAGUGACGGCCACGACAAGCCUAAACGCGGAGGUCAGCAAGAAUCAGACAGAGACAACUUUCGAUGGGGAGUGGGCGUGAAACAGAAUAUAGAUGGUAUUCCAUACCAUUGGCAUUAAAAUCGUGUCAGGGCCUAGUAAUGUAGAUGCAUGGGAAUACCAUUUCACGUCAACAAUAGAACUCU